CUCUAUUAUGGAUUGUCAAGCUAUUCUGCAGUGCUGCAGUUUGAAUCACAGGAUGUUCUCAGGCUGUCACGAUGCAGCUGUGAUCUGCACUGGGGUACAGAUCAGGACCACCCCAAAGUCAAUGACUUCUGGCAUAAGAAAACUAUUUUAAAAAAAAUUGUCUUUCUGUUGAGGAAGAAUGCAAAAGAGAUGUUUCCCACAAGAAGAGCCUAUUUCAAAAUCCUUCAAAGCUAGAGACAAGACUUCCAUUAAUUUCAAUCACUUUGGAGCAGAUUCACAGGGGAGAGCCAGUGGCACCCUCAGCCCUGGCAUUUUUAGCAGUAUGUUCAUGUAGUUGGAUUUCCAGUAGCAGAGAAAGAACUGGAUGAUGCUACAGAAUACAUUCAUCACAAAAGUGAGUCAAAGUCUCCUCCUGGAAAUGUCUGUAUCACCUGUACAUUUAAGUACAGUCUCCUCCAUCACACCUGUGCUUUCAAAAACAGGCUGUGUUUCUCAUAUCUAGAAGGACAAAGUGGGAGGGCUGGCUGCCAGCUGCUGCAAAGUCUGGCAAGCCAGCAGGACCCAAGAAGAAGCAGGGAGUCUGGAGAAAGCAUCAUGCAAAUAUACAGUGGUCAACUGACUGAAGAGCAGCUGCCCUCAGCUCUGACUGCUGUAACAGCUUGAAUAUAAAAUAGUUGGAUUGGGCGUUCCCAAACUGAAGCCUGUGAAGUUUUUUAUGGGGCCUUAAAAGACUCCUGAUUUGCAGACAUCACCUGUGACAUCACUGUCACAGAAGCAGCUGAUAAUCAUAGUUACAUGGUCUCAUCCAGGAAGGGAACGGGUAUCCGGGCCAAUUAGCUAAUUGGAAUAUUGAUUUGCCUUCUCGAGAGCUGGGAAAUCCAGUCCGAAUACUCACAUCUCAGCUGCUCCAUAAGCUCUCCCCAUUAAUCAGUCAGAAAUUCAUGUGGGAUCUGCUCCAAGGGUUCCAUAGCUGACGUCCUGAUUUAUAGGUGUGGUGAGAAGGAAGACAUCUAGCCUAGGGUAUUUUCUUCUCCUUUCAUCUCAUCCUCCACAAUUUUCCUACCCAUUAAACACUUCCCUAUUAACUUUAUCUUGAAAACCCUGAUCACAGUCCUGCUUUUUCCAGCUGGGCAAGAUGACUGGAGGUCCAGAAAGGUCUUGGGAUUGAAGUUCACUCUUACAUGUUGACUGGAUGCAGUGGAUGUACUUGACUUUGGCAGAAAGCCUUGGAGCUGGAGCUGGACUGGCACUCUGCAGUGAUGGGCACUGCCUUCAGCCCAGCAGUGCAAUGCAGGAGGCAUUUCUGCAGGGCAGGAAUCCAUCACGCAGCACUGAUUCCUCUGUGCUGUGGUAACUGGCUCACUGAUCCAUGUCUAAAUAUAAGUGCAUGUUCUCUCAGUUCCAGGCUAUGGAGCUAUAAAUUAAUAAUAAUGGCAUCAAACUCAAUGGAGCUAAUGCCAAGGACAGGAGGAUCACAAUAGCUAAAAUUCUUAUUUGUACUGUGCUUCUACUAAGCUGGUGGCUUUGUAAACCUGAUGAAUAUCUUUUAUAAGGAAGUUGAGAUGUAUUUAGAGAUUUCAGCUCCAAAAUGUUACUGGGCUUGCUUCCCAAAGUCCAUCAGCAGCCCUUGGAAUGUACACAUAGGGCUCCUAAGUAGUUCUGCUGAUGAAGGCAAUAUUUUCAUCUUUCCUAAAUCAUUGUUUUAACUUAUGGCCUUCUCUUCUGCCUCCCAGCAGGUAUAAAUACUGUAGCUCUAAAUAGUUGAGCAGCUUAUCUUUUAAGGGAUGAUGGGAGCAUUUUGCUUGGGGUGUAGAAUUCUAAGCAGACACAACAGUUCAAAAUGAAACUUACUUGGAACAGCUGAGAUGAAUCUGCACAUGCGUAAACAGGUGGGCAGGAUGGAUAUGAUACAAUAAUUAUAGACAUUGCAUUCGCAUGCAAAAGAAGCACCUCCAACAAUAAUUAUUAAAAAUAAAACAAUCCAGACCAAUUAAAUGUAUCUAGAGAAGCAGUGUGUUUUCCAAUCCCAUAACUCCUUGUGUUUCUCAUUUUUCUCAUUCUCCUCUCAUUCUCACUUUGUUUCUCUUUGCUGUUGUAAAGACCUCCAACUUUAAUGUUCACACAAUGAAGCCUUUGAUGGAGGAGCUUUAUCUCACUUUUCCAUGUGUCCAACAGCAACAUAUAUCAACUUUAUCUUCUCUGCUCAUGAGGAAAGCAAUGAUUUAAUGUCUUCUCUUCAAACUGAUCUUACAUGGGAUGUGACAUUUAUACAAUAGAGCCCAAAAGGGCCAGUGCAUGGGCUUAGCAUCAGCGCAACACCCCUCAGACGCAAUCACAAUUAUAUAUUAGAAGUUCUGUUCUGUUCCAUGCUCUAUUGCUGCUGUUGUGGCAAGCUGCAAAGAGGAAGGAGAAAUGCUGAUGACAUGACAAGGAUGACAUCUCAAGCUUUUGAAGAAGGCAGCAAAAAGAGUGGUGCCCUGGUAAGCAAGACGAGUGCGAUGCAGGGCACUGAGCUGAGAAUGUGGCAGGGAGUCACAGUUCUGAUUUCUCUUGCUGUGGGCUUGGCUGGGGAGGAAGCAACUGAUGAAGGAAUACCUUGUUCGAAGUACCAGCAAGCUUUCAACCAUUCAUGCUACGAGUUUGUUAGACUCCAGCAAACCUUCACAAGUGCCCAGAGCUGGUGUGAGAGAGGAGGAGGGCACCUUGUCUUUAUUCAAAAUGAGGAAACGCAAGAGUUCUUGCAAAAACAUAUUGCCGAGGAUCAGGAAUGGUGGAUAGGACUGAUCUCAAACUCCUUGCUGAAUGAAACUACUGAUGGGCCAGUAAUUUGGCUGGACACUUCAAAUAUAAGCUACAGUAACUGGUACAAGGAUCAGCCAUCUCCCUUCUCAUCCACAUGUGGGUACAUCCUGAAGAAUGCCAAGUAUCAGUGGGGUGUGACGGAAAAUUGCAGCCAGGAAUUUGACUUCAUUUGCGAGUUUGAAUCUGGCCAGAGCAUUGCUUGUGAUAAAUACAAUGCCACUGUACAGUGCGGAUCAGGAGAAGUUAUUCAAAUUGAAGACAGCUUCUAUGGGCGGAAGACCCCUCACUACUGUGUGUCAGAGACUUCUCUCCAGGAUGAAAGAGAUGAAGGCUGCAGCUGGAUCAGUGUCAAAGAUGAAGUAGCAGGCCAAUGUCACAGUCUCCAGGCCUGCCAGGUGGCUGCAGAUGGCACUUUCUUCGGAGAUCCUUGUCCAGCUUUGGGAAGCUAUUUGUCUAUUCAAUACCACUGCAAGGAAGGUCUGCAGCUGGUUAUGACAGACACAUGUUUUGUCUUUGAAAAUAUCACGGUCACUUUGAACUGGCUGCUCUCACCAUAUUCUGGGAAUCUUUCCUGUACCAUUAGCACUGGAGAUGGUCACACUAUUGAUCCUUACUACCCUCUAAAACUGGUCAGCAACAUCUCAUACAGGUACUCCUCUCCUGGGGAGUUUACUGUUUUUGUGGAGUGCACCACCAGCGAAUGGCACGUGAUGGCACAGAGGCAGGUGACUGUUCAAGAUAAGAUGGAUCAGCUCAGCAUUACUGGGUGCUACAGCCAGUAUGAAACUGGGAACAGCUCCCACUGCCGUACGCUGUAUGGGGAGGUGCUGUGGAUCCAAGUUCAGCUCAGUGGAGGCAAUGGGGUAACCUACAGUAUGUUAGCAGAUAACAUGACGCUGACUGAAUCCAGUGCAAGGGAAGGUAUUGUCCCUUAUAACCUGACACUCAACAGUGCCUCUCAAGAGCUGCUAGGCCCAGGGAUACAUCAGCUGGAAAUCCGAGCAUCCAGGAACACGACAGUGUCAGAGAUCUCCGAGAGUAUUGCUGUUCAUUUAAUUGAGCCAGUAUCUGGAAUUCAAGCUGCAGUAGCUUCCCACACUCUGCAGCUGGGGGAGGAUUUGGAGGUGAAUGUCUCUGUGUCCCGUGGUGCCCCAGAGAAGCUGAUGUUUGAGGUGACUGGAUCCAAUAAAACCCACUGUCACAAAGCAGACGGCCCUCGUGGCGAGCUGCGGACAUACAGCGUUCCCGUGCCCUCAGAAGGUACUUUUCUAGUGAAAGUGGUGGCCAUGAAUGCCUUCUCAAACAUGAGUCUGGAUCUUGGAUUCAUCACUGUGUUGGCAAAUAGUUCCCAUAGAAAAGAUUCUGCUAAGAAAGAAGGCAGCUACAAAACAAAUACCCAAAAGAAAAAUGAUCACAAAAUAUAUAUUAAACCGAGUCGCCAUGUGGAUCCUUUCACAACUGUUACACUUGGCUGGCCAGACAACAACAAUAAUUCCAGUUUUCUCUGGACCUGUGGAGCUUGCUGGCCUGCCUGGAAUGAAUGUGUGAAGCAACAGACAAUCCUAAUCAACCAAAGUGAGGUGCAAAUCCCACCUUCCUGCCUUCCUCCUCCGAAAUCAGCAGUGACUGUCAGGAUUACCAUCCGAAACCACGGCAAUGGAGAGAGGCACGAUGAGCAAUGUCUCUAUGUGACUGCAAAACAAGAACUGCAACUGGAAAUCAGAUGUGAGGCAAACUGCAAACCAGUGAAUGUUAGUGAUGAUGUUGUUCUGAGUGUCUCUGGACAGGAGGACUCCCAGGCCAUAUAUUAUAACUGGUAUUUAGAUAACACGUUCCAAAACAAGUCUACAACUCUCCCUCUAGCCUGUGGUCUGACCGGUUUCCAGCAGAACUCUUUGAAUUUGCUUCAAAGCAACACAUCCGUGUUGAGAAUGACCAGCUCCUUCUUGCAGACACAGGGAGAAGCUUUUCAGAUUAAAAUAACAGCACUGACUCAGCGAGGCUACGGGGAGGGAUGGUUCCUGGUGAGCACCGUGCCCGCACCCGAAGCCCCCGGCUGUGCCGUGUCACCCGAGCAUGGAUCUGUGCUCACCGCCUUCAGAGUCUCCUGCAGUGCUCCCGGCUUGGAGGAUUCGGGCCAGUCCAGUCCCAGCAGGCAGCUCACAUAUUGCUUCUAUGUGACACCAAAUUCUCUCCUGGACUGUAGCCCGGAUCCUGGACUCUUCCCAGUUUAUCUUCCACUUGGAGAAGAGGAAAAUAAUUUUAUUUUACAUGUGACAAUUAUUGUCAGCAAUAACUUUGGUGAUACUGUUCAAACAAAUGCUUCAGUGAAGGUUGGACCUGCAGAUAUGAUGGAUGGGAACCUGACCUUGCAGGCUGUCAUAUCUGAGAAGGCAAACACCAUCCUAAAAGAUGGGAACAACAGUAUGAGUCUUUUCCAGCUGUACAAGUCAGUGACAUCUGUCCUUAAUCAGCAGAUCCAAGAGGAAAGUUUUAACAUGUCUUUACAGACAAAUACACGAAAAGAGCUCCGAGGGCUGAUGCUGACAACUCUCUCUGUUGUUAACAUAACAUCAAUGCAGACUGCUCUGAAGAUGUCAGAGGUAUUGAAAGAAAUCACUUACAGGAGUGAAGAGCUGUCUGUCUCAGCACAGGUGGAAGCCAGCCACACUCUGAAACACGUCAGUGCCUCCUUGCUCGCUGUAAACACAGAGCACAGCAGAGAUGGUCAGCAGUUAAAGGAAGCAGCCAACUAUCUGUUUAAUGCAGUGAGCAAUGUCCUUAAAGCUUCUGUAGAAAUCAGAGCUGGGAACAACUCAGUGCCAGAGGCAGAACAGAGCUCAGUGUCACACCAGCUCCUAAGUACAGUUGAAAAUCUACAGAGUGCCCUUCUGUUUGGGAAGGUACCAGGUGAUGAGCCAACAGUCCUCACCUCUCCUUCUGCCACAAUGUAUAUGCACAGAUUACAAACAGAAAAGAUGGAGAGCACAUCCAUUAACAUCUCCAAUUCCAACUCUGCCAGCUUUACUCUCCCACCUGCUUCCUCUCUCAAUGUUUCAGGAGUUGAUGAUGAAACAGUGGAUAUAAGGAUGGUGAGCUUUGCCAUGAAUCCCUUUUUCUCCAGUGACAUCAGUUUUGACAUCAGUGGAACAGUGGGAGGUCUAAGUCUAACUGAUCUGGAUGGUUUGACCAUACCAGUCAGCAACCUCAAAGAGAACAUUGAGAUAAUGUUACCAAGGCUUUCAGCAACACAGGAAGAUAAGAUUCUGUUGAAUCUGGGCAAUUAUAGUACUUUUCAAGUCAAUGUUACCUCAGGAAACACAUCUAUAGUGAUCCACCUGGAAUCUGAACAUGACAUUCCACUAAUACUUUACUUGGGCUAUGGGUAUCACCCAAAUGAGACCAACUACGAUAUGAAAAAUCAUCUGUUCUGUAAGAAAACUUCUGGAGGUGAGACAAACAGCUGGGUUCUCAGCCCAGAAGAACUCAUUUUUGGAGAGGGAACCUACUAUUUCAUAGUUUUACAAGAUAUGGGAAUGGAUUCCAGAGUCUAUGAUGGGCUAACCAUAAAUGCCACUUGCUUUGCAUCCCACUGUGUGUUUUGGGAUGAGCACCAGGGAGGCUGGAACAGCUAUGGAUGCCAUGUAGGACCAAAAACAAAUCCUAGCAGCACACAGUGCCUCUGCAACCAUCUGACCUUCUUUGGGAGCUCCUUCUUUGUCAUACCCAAUGCCAUAGAUGUCAGCAAAACAGCACAGCUCUUUGGUACAUUUGUGGACAAUCCUGUGGUGGUGACAACUGUAGGAUUCAUCUUUCUGAUAUAUGUGCUUGUAGUUAUUUGGGCUCGAAGGAAAGACCUCCAGGAUGAUGCCAAAGUGAAAAUCACAGUCCUGGAAGACAAUGACCCGUUUGCUCAGUAUCGUUACCUUGUGACAGUUUUCACAGGACACCGCCGUGGUGCAGCCACAACCUCCAAGGUGACUCUCACCCUCUAUGGACUGGACGGACAGAGUGAGCCCCACCAUCUAAAUGAUCCUGAUACACGAGUCUUUGAACGUGGAGGAGUGGAUGUUUUCCUCCUCUGUACCUUCUUGCCUCUUGGGGAACUGCAGAGUAUUAGAUUGUGGCAUGAUAAUUCAGGGGACAGUCCGUCCUGGUAUGUGAAUCGAGUAUCAGUCCAUGAUCUGGCACGGGAUCAGAAAUGGUACUUCCUCUGUAACUCUUGGCUAGCCAUUGAUAUUGGAGAAUGUGUCCUAGAUAAAAUGUUCCUGGUAGCAACAGAACAGGACCUGAAGCAGUUCAGCAAUCUGUUUUUCAUGAAGACCUCCCAGGGUUUCCAGGAUGGGCACAUCUGGUACUCGGUUUUCAGCCGCUCCCCACAAAGCUCCUUCACACGAGCCCAGCGCGUGUCCUGUUGCUUCUCACUGCUCCUCUGCACCAUGCUGACCAGCAUCAUGUUCUGGGGUGUGCCAAAGGAUCCUGCUGAGCAGAAGAUGGAUUUGGGCAAGAUCGAGUUCACAUGGCAGGAAGUGAUGAUUGGCUUUGAGAGCUCCCUCCUCAUGUUCCCCAUCAACCUGCUCAUUGUGCAAAUCUUCAGGAACAUACGACCCCGGCCAGCCCAGCAGGGGAGAGAGAAGAAGCCGGGAAAAAAUGGUCGUGUAUCCCCACGCCUGCCUCCCACCCCACGGGCCGCCCAGGCUGCCUCUCUCACUCCAGAGGCUGUGACAAAGGACAUAAGAAGAAUUGCCAACUCACUCUUUAAAGCCCUGAAGACUCCAUCUCUCACCUCAGCACCAGACCUUGAAAAAUCAACUAACAUCAACACACUUUUGUCAUUGGUUGCGGACAUCAUCUGUCAGCAGAACAGAGCUGGGCAAGGGUUUUAUCAUGAGAGCAAGAAGGAUGGUCCUAUGAGUGUCACAUUAGGUGCUGUGGAUAUCCAAGAAAAAGCAAGAAGUCCAACUCCAGAGAAGAGAAUUUGUGAGCAGCUGAAAUACAGUGAUUACCAUCGCUGCUUGUACAUGCAACUCCAGCAUGUAGAGAUGGAGCUGGAAUUGCUGGGGCCCCAUAAAUUUCAGAUGCCUCAGAGUUACACACAAGCUGUUUGUCAGGUUCAGCAUUUGAAGAACCUCCUGGAGAACCAAAUCUGCUCAUCAGCAUCCAUCAGUGAGGGGUGGUCCCAUACUCCAAACUUCUCCAAUGAUGACAAGAAAAGUUUUUCCCACAGAGGGCUGCCCUGGUGGUUUGUGUUCAUCGCUUGGUUCCUUGUGGCAGCCACCAGCGGUGUGUCCGGGUUCUUUACCAUGCUCUACGGACUCCAUUAUGGCAAGGAGAACUCCAUCAAGUGGCUGAUCUCCAUGGUCAUCUCCUUCCUGGAAAGUCUUUUCAUCACACAGCCCUUAAAGGUGCUGGGAUUUGCUGCUUUUUUUGCUCUGGUUCUGAAGAAAGUGGAACAUGAGGAUGAAGAAAACACAGCUAUUGAUGAGCCUUUAUCUGCACCAGGUGAUUCACACCCUCUCUUUGGAGCCCGAAGAGACAGCAGAAGCAAUAUUUACCGGCCACCUCCUGCUGCUGAUGUGGAGAAAAUGAAAAUCAGCUGCAUGAAGGAGAAGAAAGCUUUUGCCCUCAUCAGGGAAAUCCUGGCCUAUCUGGGGUUUUUAUGGAUGCUGUUACUGAUUGCCUAUGGGCAGAGAGAUCCCAAUUCCUACUAUUUAAACAAACACAUUGAGGACAGCUUUACAGAUGGAUUCCAUGAUGUCUACAGUUACCAGGAUUUUUUCAUGUGGGCAAACACUACCUUACUCAAAAACCUUUAUGGAUCAUAUAAAGGAUUCAUUACAGAUGGCAAUUCCAAGCUGGUGGGUAGUGCCCGAAUUCGCCAAGUAAGAGUGAGAGGAGGCACCUGCCCCAUUUCUCCCAGACUCCAGCACGUAGCUGAGGAAUGCCACGCUCCAUACUCCCUACAAACAGAAGAUACAUCAGCUUAUGGGGAACACUGGAAUACCUCAGCCUUUGAUAACUCCUCUGACUUGAGCUCAGCAUGGCAGUAUCAGAGUCAGUCCAAACUGAGAGGACACCCCAUCUGGGGCAAAUUUGCCAUCUACAGCGGAGGGGGAUAUGUGAUUCACCUGGGAACUGACCCUAAAAAUGCCUCCAGAAUUCUCCAGUACCUUUUCAAAAAUGUCUGGCUUGACACGUUCACAAGAGCAGUGUUUGUUGAAUUUACAGUCUACAAUGCCAACGUGAACCUGUUCUGCAUUAUAAGCCUGAUGUUUGAAAGCAAUGCUUUAGGGGCCUUCUUCACAAGCACGAAGCUGCAAAGUGUCCGGCUCUACCCCUACACCAACAGCCUCCACAUCUUUGUGGUUGCAGCAGAAGUCAUUUAUUUCCUCUUCAUUGUGUACUACAUGAUAGUACAGGGCAAGCUGAUGAAGAGUCUGAGAUGGAGAUAUUUCCAUAGCAAGUGGAAUCUCCUGGAGCUGGCCAUUAUACUGAUUAGCUGGAGUGCUCUGUCAGUGUUUGUGAAACGGACAGUCCUUGGGACCCGAGACAUCAGCUACUACCAGGAACACAAGGAGGACUCUGUAAGCUUCAGUGAAACAGCGAGAGCUGAUGCAGUUCUUGGCUACCUGAUUGCAUUCCUGGUGCUUCUCUCCACAGUGAAACUGUGGCAUCUGCUGAGGCUCAACCCUAAACUGAACAUGAUCACUUCAGCACUAAGGAGGGCAUGGGGUGAUAUCUCUGGAUUCAUCACUGUUAUUGCAAUCAUGUUCCUCGCCUAUUCCAUUGCUGCAAACCUGAUAUUUGGAUGGAAGCUCUACUCUUACAAAACUCUCUUUGAUUCGGCAGAGACCAUGGUCAGUCUUCAGCUGGGAAUCUUCAACUAUGAGGAGGUCUUGGACUAUAAUCCAGUUUUAGGCUCCUUCUUAAUUGGAUCCUGCAUAAUUUUUAUGACAUUUGUGGUACUGAAUCUAUUCAUUUCGGUGAUUCUGGUUGCUUUUAGUGAGGAGCAGAAGCACUACCAGGCUUCAGAAGAAGAGGAGAUUGUUGAUCUAAUGCUAAUGAAACUCUUCAGUUUCUUUGGGAUUAAAUGCAAGAAGGAAGAGAAGCCAGUCACCAAUGGACAACCGGAACAACCUGUCAGCGAGUGAACGAAGACCGCGUUGAAGUCACUUUGCUUGUGGGCAAAGUAUUUACUUGUUUGCUACCAGCUGCAGUGGUUAGAGUUAGGCUAGGUUAUAGGCUUACAUUAUUACAGCUUGUGACUAAAACGGGCUCACCCAAGGGAACGGCUUGAGCUGUGUCAGGAGAGGUUUGUGUUGGAUAUUAGGAAAAGGUUCUUCACCCAGAGGGUGGUGGGGCACUGAACAGGCUCCCCAGGGAAUGGUCACGGCCCCAAACCUGAGAGAGCUCAGAAAACGUUUGGACAACGCUCUCGGGCACAUAUGGGAUUUUUGGGGUGCCUCUGUAGGACCAGGAGCUGGACUUUGAUCCUUGUGGGUCCCUUCCAACUCAGCCUAUUCCGUGAUUCUGGGAAAAUGGUGCGGUGUUCACCCUCAAAGUGCUGCCGGCGUGUUAUUCUGGAGUAAUAGCUAAGAAAUAGCGGUAACCCUAAGACGCAACGUCCCACGUGCACUUGUUGUAGACUUGGCACCUGUAUUUAUUAAAUAAACACCGAGCGGCUGUUGCAUUGUUUGGCUAAA